AUGGUCUCCUCCGAAAGUGGCUGGGUUGCCUAUACAUACAACCCCUCAAUGGCAGCAGCCGUGAUAUUCGUCAUCCUCUUCGCAGUAAUAACCCUCCUCCACACAUUCCACCUCAUCCGAACACGAACAUGGUUCUUCAUCCCGCUAGUGAUCGGCGGAUACUUCGAGCUCAUAGGCUACAUCGGCCGCGCAAUGUCAGCCCACCAAUCCCCAAAUUGGACACUGGGACCCUACGUUAUGCAAAGCACGCUCCUACUCAUAGCACCAGCCCUCUUUGCAGCGAGCAUCUAUAUGGAGCUCGGCCGGAUAGUGAGAAUGGUCCAAGGAGAAAAAUUGGCACUCGUACGUGUCUCGUGGAUGACGAAGAUAUUCGUCGCGGGCGAUGUGUUUAGUUUCUUGAUGCAGGCUUCUGGUGCUGGCAUCAUGGUCACAGGCUCUUCAAGCUCAACAUCAACAGGCCAAAACGUCAUCAUCGGCGGUCUCUUCGUUCAGAUCAUCUUCUUUGGCUUCUUCCUAAUUAGCGCAUUGGUCUUCCAAAUGCGGAUGCGGGCUGAUGCUGCUGCGAAAAGUAUUGCAAAUCAAUUCCCCUGGCGUAAGCAUAUGUGGGCGUUGCAUGCGUCCAGUAUUCUUGUGCUUAUUCGUUCUGUUGUUCGUGUUGUUGAGUAUAUCCAGGGGACGUACGGGUAUAUUAUGAGCCAUGAGGCGUUUAUUUAUGUUUUCGAUGGGCUUUUGAUGUUUGUGCUUAUGGUUAUUUUUGUAGUUGUUCAUCCUAGCGAGGUUAAUUACCUUCUUGGACGGGGACGGGCCGUUGUUCGGAUGGGUGGGUUGAAAGUUGAAAAUGGUGUUAUGUGUUAUGGUUUAACUGAAUCUGGGUAA